GUACGGAGUACAUACCCGUAUGUACGCUACCAGGUAUGGACAAGUACAGAGGUCUAUUUAUAUGCACCCAUGUACCUGUACCGUCUCCCUAGCGAGGAUGCACCACUGCGUAGGCACAUCGGAAAAGCGAGAAAUCCUCUAGACGACGCGCCCCCCGACCGGUGUCUUCGGGGAAAUCAGCCGCUGCCAGUCGAGGCCCUGCCAUGCAAUCGACAAAUACAGCGCACAUCUGUACGACCCGAGGCGCGUGUCUCAACGCGGCGAUGACAGGUCCCCUCAUUCAGGCCUCAUCCCUACUAGCCCGUGCCCCGUGCGCCGGAGAACAUUCCUCGAUCGUUCGCUGGAGUCUUAGAGCUCGUGCGGGCCAAUGUCCCUCUUUGGUCGUCGUGCUCCGGGGAGGGGGGCGCGCGCGGGGCACGAGAAAAAUGGCCAUGACAUGGACAUGUGCCAAAGGAGAAGAGAGAGAGAGAGAGAGAGAGAGAGAAAUGGAUUGGGGGUUGAGGGAGUGGGCAAGAAAGAAGGUUUUGGUACGCGGCACGGCGAUGAAGCUCGGAGGAGUAAGCCAGCCCGUCCCUUGGACGAGGCGGAGAAUCCAAAAGUAUGAAAGCCUGAUACGUAUGACUUUUGGAAAGGCGCUUCGGAAAGACGUGUCUGGAAUUCUGUAGUGCUGUAUACAUCUCUCCCCGAUAUCCCUGACACAAAUUUUCCACCUCCGCGACCCUCCUCCACAUCACAAGCACAAUAAUGUCGACGCAGAACCUCACCGUCGUGCUCGCCGAGCGUCCCAAGGCCGAGAUCGUCCCCGGCCAGACCUUCAAGACGGAGCUGAAGCCUAUCCCCAAGGCCGACGACCUCAAG